GAGCCAAGAUUUUUCUUUUAGCGUUAUUCCUGCUCGAAGUUUCAGUCACAGAACUCUCGACUGAGAGAAGUCCCGAUCAUCGAGUGCUUUAUUUUCCGUUUCGUGGUUGGACGAUUUUAACCGAAGGCCCAAAAUGCGUUUACUUUCCUCAGUGGGCUUCUUGAACCUGGCCCUCGUAGCGAUAACUACUCACGCAUCACUCUCGCUUCCAAAAGAAGUAAAAAUUCUGGAACAGAUAAGUUCCGACUGCAACAACUUCUCGAGUCUUCUCGUCAAGAGCGUCGCGGAGCUGGGACCAAAAGAUUUCGAAAGCUACGGUAUUUCUCCGAUCGGUAUUUAUCUGACCUUGUCCACGAUAGCGUUCGGAGCGACCGGGGAGACUCGUUCCGUUCUUGACUCCGCUGUGUACAAUGGACCGGAAGAUGAGAGAAAAAUUUCAUUCAAAUCCCUCGUCGAUUACUUGAAUCACGAUCUCAGCGGGCUGCGAGUAACCAACGGCUUCUUUGCUUCUCGACACAUUUCGUUCGAAUCAAAAUUCGUUGGAGCCAUCGACGAAGUUUUCGGCGCAACUCUACGGAAAGUCGAUUUCGAGAAGGAGCCGAUCGCAACGAACGAUAUCAUGAGCGAUUGGUGCAAGGAGCGGACAAACUCUCGUCUGAAGAACAGCGUAACCGCAGCGAAUUACGACCCGAAAAGAGUUCUCUCGUUCACGAACACUGUAUACCUCAAAGGCACUUGGUUGACGCAAUUCAAUAUCCGAGAAACUGAAAACAAAUUGUUUUUCGUUAAUACUACAGUGCAAACAUACUUACCGCACAUGAUUGUAGCAGGAAAUAUUACUUUGGUGGAAAAAACGGACUUCACGAUAUUCGAACUGCCAUUAAGGGCUGAUCUAGGUGGCCGUCAGGCACUUCGCAUGAUCGUCAUACUUCCAAAAGAGCUAAAAAGGCUCCCCGAACUCGAACAAAAUAUUUCUGGGUUUUUAUCGCAACACUUAUUCUUGAAGUCAUCACUAGUCGUCGAAGAACGAUGCAUCGUAAUUCCUAAAUUCAGGAUUGCAAGUAAAAUUGACUUGACACGACCCUUGAAAAAUAUGAGUAUGGGAGAUUUGUUCAGUAAAGAGAGGGCCAGGUUCCUUGGAAUAAGCAGUCCUCGAGAUAGAUUUUAUUUCACUGGAGUGGAACAAAACACUGUAUUCGAAAUGAAUGAAGAAGGAAUCGAGGUUGCUUCAGCCAUAGGUUGUAACGACGAAAUAUUGAAGGCUCCAUCAAUAUUUAAGCCUGACUCAUCGUUGAAGGCUAGUAAGUGGCAUGAGGAAUGCAAACACCAUCGCAUUGUUGUACGUCAUCCUUUUUAUGCUGCGAUCGUUACCUCGGACUUGAAUCCCGUGAAUUUAUUCACUGUUCAGUUCAAUGGUUAAGGAGGAAGAUCCUCCUAUGCUCCGUCAUCAUUUGAUCUUCACCUCAAAAUUCCAACUGGGCCAUGACGGAGUUCGUUUGGAAAGUAGUUUUUUUUAUAAUUUCUUCCGGCGAGUUUAAACUCGCUGCUGACCGUAUAUAGUAGGCUCGAUUUUCAUUGUGAAAACAUUAAACGUCAAAUAAUAAAACCUGAGUGAAAUAUCA